AUGGUAUCACAUCAACUUAAGGAUGACUGGGACGAGCAGGAGUUGAGGGGCGCUGAUUCAGACCAACGCGCCGACAUUCCUAGAGGUCAUGCAGGCAUGGAAUCUCCAGAAAUCGAGGAUGGCUCGGAUGAGCAGGAGUCCAAUGGCGCCGAAUCUGGAUCAGAAGAACAAACAUCAGAGUUUGAAGAAGAAGGGGAGAAGGACAUGACAGGUGAAAGUGGGGACAUGGCGGUAACAGACGUAGCAACGAAUGUCACCAUUGACGACAUGGGCUUGGAGAAGGACAGCAUGCGUAUCAUCUAUACAUAG